GGGGCGCUGUGGGGUUACACAGACAGCCUCACUGCCUCUCCUCAGUCGCCUGGGAGCGGCGCUGUUUCCCGGCUGACACCCUGAUGAUGACACGGCUGUGUGGUGUUUGGUGGCAGCGUCAGCAGGCAGAGAGAUCAACCAGUAAUCACCAUCGUCUCUCACACUGCCAUGGUCUCGAACCCGACACGAAAAACCUCGUCCAACGCUUUCUAUUUUCUCCCCGAGAGUAAAAACUUGAACGCUUGUAAACGCAGGCAUGCUACCGGACGUUAAAAGCCCGUGGAUAUAAGCGACACCGGAGACCUGAGACUAGAAACCACCACACGGAAACCACAAAGAAGAAGAAGAAGAAGAAGAAGCAGUCGGUGCUUUUUGUUUUUUCACGCUCGGAGGGAAAGACGGCAUCCGGCUUGAGGAGAAGCUCCGAGGUCGGGGACUCCGGUCGGAGUAACGCUCAUCGUUUCUGGCCUCCCCUUCCCGAGAGCUCCAUGGAGAAAAUGAAGAGAUUCAAGCGGCGUCUCUCUCAGACGCUACGAGGCAGCCACACCAUCGAUGAGUCGCUGUCUGAGCUCGCCGAACAGAUGACCAUUGAGGAGAACGGCCUGAAGGACAGCGAGCCCAUAGUGAGGAAUGGGCGUCCUCCAUCAGCCCACAGUGUCCACUCCUUCCUCCACCAGUACACAGGCUCCUUUAAGAAGCCGCCGCUGAGACGGCCCCAGAGCGUCAUAGGGGGAGGCCUGGGCUCACUCAUGGUCAUGCCUCGCAACGGCAGUCGCCUCGAUAUCGUCCAUGAGAACCUGAAGAUGGGGUCGGACGGGGAGAGCGACCAGGCGUCUGGGACUUCCUCCGAUGAGGUGCAGUCGCCCACGGGUGUUUGUCUGCGGAACAGGGGGAACAGACGCAUCUCUGCAGAGGACCUGAACAAGCGUCUAUCCCUACCGGCUGACAUCAGGAUACCUGACGGUUAUCUGGAGAAGCUGCAGCUGAGCAGCCCGCCCUUUGACCAGCCGCUGAGCCGACGCUCCCGCAGAGCAUCACUGUCAGAAAUUGGAUUUGGGAAGCUGGAAACCUACAUCAAACUGGACAAACUGGGGGAGGGUACGUACGCCACAGUGUUCAAAGGGAGGAGUAAACUGACAGACAACCUGGUGGCGCUGAAGGAGAUCAGACUGGAGCAUGAAGAGGGGGCGCCAUGCACAGCUAUUAGAGAAGUGUCGUUACUAAAGGACCUGAAACACGCCAACAUUGUGACGCUGCACGACAUCAUCCACACAGAGAAGUCACUCACGCUGGUCUUUGAAUACCUGGACAAAGACCUGAAGCAGUACAUGGACGACUGUGGGAACAUCCUGAGUAUGCUGAAUGUCAAGAUCUUUCUGUACCAGAUUUUGAGAGGUUUGGCGUACUGUCACAGGCGGAAAGUUCUCCACCGAGACCUGAAGCCCCAGAAUCUGCUCAUCAACGACCGAGGAGAACUUAAACUGGCCGACUUUGGCCUCGCGAGGGCCAAGUCUGUGCCCACCAAAACAUACUCUAACGAGGUGGUAACACUCUGGUAUCGGCCCCCUGACGUGCUGCUGGGCUCCUCCGAGUACUCCACGCAGAUAGACAUGUGGGGUGUGGGUUGUAUAUUCUAUGAGAUGGCUGCCGGCAGACCCCUGUUCCCUGGCUCCACAGUGGAGGACGAGCUGCACCUCAUCUUCAGGCUGCUAGGCACUCCCAACGAGGACAGCUGGCCUGGAAUCUCAUCCAUCGACGAGUUCAAGUCCUACAAGUUCCCCAAGUACAAGGCCCAGCCUCUUAUUAACCAUGCCCCAAGGUUGGACACUGAUGGCAUCGACCUGCUGAUGUCAUUCCUAAAAUACGAGUCGAAAAAGAGGACCUCUGCUGAUGAAGCGAUGAGACAGCCGUACUUCAGGAGCCUGGGGCCACGCGUGCACACACUGCCAGAGAACAUAUCCAUAUUCACACUGAAGGAGGUCCAGCUGCAGAGAGAUCCUGGCUACCGGAACUCGUCGUACCCUGAGUCAGGCAACGGAAAGAGCAGAAGACAAAGCAUGCUGUUUUAGAUUCUCUGGACUGUAUUUUUUUUUUAUUUGGGAAGGAUCUCCUCGCUGUACAGUAACCUGAGAUGGAUGUUGGCGCUGAGCAUCAUCAUCAUCAUCACCAUCAUCACCCCUCAGAAACUACUUGGGGGGGAAACUCGCCCACAGUGCGGCCGAACCCCUCCUCUCCAGGUUUGGCCUGAAGCGGGCCCAAAAGAGACGUUUAUAUACUGUACAUCUAUAUUUAUUGAGAAGAGAAUUUGCUGCUAAAUACAACUACUGUCUAGAAUUCUAACUGGCUCAGUCACUUUAAUGAGUACAUGCAAUGUGUAUAGAUCUUUAAUUUUUUUUUGAAGUGGUGGUAUUUUUAGUGAUAAUUUUUGUCAUUUUUCCAUUUUCAUACAAACAAAACUGCACCUCAAAGCUCCUCAGUGUGUGUGUGUGUGUGCGUGUGUGUGUCGGGGUGUGUGAGACAUGCAGAGGGAUGUUUCUGUAGCAAUUCAAAAGGGUUUGAUUUUCUGUCUCUGUUGCCACGGCGCUGUUCUCAGCUGCACCUUUCGUAUGCGACCGUUUACUCUGAAGGGUUUUUUUGAGGGCAGCUUUGAUAUAACAGAUAGUUUUAUCCUAACUGGAGGCCGUCGUGAAGGCUGUGCGUUCUUGUCAGAUGCUGGCAUAUCAUUCCGGGAUGCUGUGGUCUCGUGUCGUGACCAAUGAACGAAUGCAAGAGGAGGGGGGGAAAGGCAAUGUAGGAUUAUUAACAAGGGCAUUACAGGAUUAGUUACGCCGCCUAAAUUCUUCAGAAGAGAUUAAACUGCUGUGAAAAACCCUCUCAUCCUUUUCCACCUCAAUCUGACACCUAAUCUGCUGCAAAGACGAGGUGCAAAGUGUUGGAAUCUGCGACUCUGCGACUCUGCCUUUGUGAAUUACAGAUGUGUUCCCCUGAUGCCAUUCCCAUCUCCCAUCAGCUGUAAAAAUGGAUCCCCUUUCUUUUCCUGGAUUGCCUCCAUCAUCGUGUUGCAUGCCUGCUCUGUUGUAUGAGGAAGCACACAGCCACUGAACUCCUACUUCAGGGAGCACUAGCUAUAGUCCUGCCCCCAGUGAAUAUGAUACUGAGUCAAAGUCUAUUUAACAGUGUUACCAGAGAUGUUUUGUAUGAUAUUCUUUAACUUUAUUUGUGGAUAAUUGUUAUUGGUGUGGGAUUUCCUUGCAGAUACCCCCCCAUAUUUGAGCUUUUUUUUCCAGAGUAAAGAAAAUAAAAUCUAAAGUUUAAACAGAAA